AUGAACAGUGUCUUGGAGAGGCGUGUUGAUGACUUUGGUGCCAAGUGUCUUCGCAGGAUCAUGAGGUAUCGCUGGAAUGACUUCGUGUUGAACCAACGACUAUGCGAUGAAACUGAAUCGAGGCCUGUUUCCAGUUUAAUCCGGACGGGAGCAGCUCCCAGCGUCUCCUGUGCGAGGGCCCCUCAGCCUCAAGAUUGGGCCGCCGCCUCCCCUGAGCACGCCCAGCCCUCGUCGCCCACGCCCCACGCCCAGCCCCUGCCCAAGGCGCCCACACCUCGCGAGGACACCCACAGUGAAGACGAGGAGCCUCGGCCCAGCAAGGCGGCGCGGCGGGAGGCGAGUGAGGAAGAGGAGACCGCGACAGUUUUAUCUCCAGCGGCGACUCCCGCGGAUGAGGCAAAACUAUCCAGCAUGGAGACCUUGGUGCGGCUCUUCCCGGGGCGCAAAGUUCAGGUCUUGGAGGCUGUGUUGCUGCGCUGCAGCAGGGAUGCUGCAGGCUAUCCAGACGCUGCUGUGCGCCCUCCGCCACCACACUGCCCCAGCUGCCACAGGUCACCCCACCACAUCCCGCACCACAGGGAACAACAACAACACCACCGAGCCAGCAGCAGCGGCACGCCCUCCACCACCACCACUCCCAGCUCCACCACACCCCAGCCCCGGCCCUCGCCGCCGCGGUCCCCAGAGCCCCGCCAUCAUGACCUCUUCUGA